UCACAAUAUUUUAUCGUAUUCUCUAAAUCACUCAAAUGGCUGCUUCACUUGCACUCAGAAGAUCAUCUUCUCUGUUCCGCAAUCUCCUUAACUCUAAUGCUCCUCGCACUACUUCUGUCGCGCCUCGCUUACUAAUCGCCGGCGAGGGUGAAGAUGGGAGGAGGUACAGCAGCAGGAUUGAGCUGCCGCAGAAUGUGUAUAAGGUGGAUGAAAUUAAAGCGGAGAUGACGAAUGGUGUGCUCAAGGUUCGGGUUCCCAAAGUGAAGGAAGAGGAGAGGAAGGAUGUGUUCCAGGUUAAGAUUGAGUGAGAGCUGGGUUUUGUGCGAAGGGUUUAUGUACUGUGAUGAAUGUCAAGCUGUUUUGUUUUGAAUAAGAACGAAAUUUUGUUUGAUUGGAAAUCUUUACUCUGCUUUUGUGUCAUUUUUGCAUGGUAUUUUACCAAUUUUUUCUCGACAAUUCGGUUUAUUAUAAGCCCGUAUUAUUAUAUUAUCGUUGAAUCGAAAGUAGAAACAAGUUUUGAGCUUGACUAUACAA